GAGAGAAAGAAAGCUCUCUGUAAAAAGAGCUUUUUGACUCCUCUCUCUCUCUCUCUCUAUAUCCAAACCAAAUCCAUGGCUCAUUCAUGCUCUGCUUCUUUCUUUUUGAAUUCCUUACCUUCUUUUCAUUAAAGGAAGAAACUUUCAUUUUCUGUUUGUUUUGGUUCUUUUUGAAUUCCUUACCUUCUUUUCAUUAAAGGAAGAAACUUUCAUUUUCUGUUUGUUUUGGUGUUCGUUCAAGUCCAACCUCAUCUUCUCCACAAUCGUAUCUAGGUUUUCUUCAAUCAACAAAUCUCAGAUUUGAAUAUAUUCCAUUCCAGCUGCUAUAUUGGGUGUUGGUGUAAUCUUAAAGACAAAGUAGUAGAUUUUUUUGUUGUGAAAGGUUUUGAUUGAGAGGGUUUUGCACAAUGGGGAAUUGUUGUGCAACGCCUGGUACACCUUCCCAAAACAACCGGAAGCAUAAGAAGAAAUCCAAUCCAUUUACUGGUGAUUAUACCGUGACUAAUGGUGAUGGAGGUGGGAACAACACCUGGGUCUUGAAAGAACCAACAGGUCGAGACAUUACAGCCCAUUAUGAUCUGGGUCGAGAGCUUGGCCGUGGCGAAUUCGGGGUUACUUAUUUGUGCACAGAGCUUUCUUGUGGUGACAAAUUUGCCUGCAAAUCAAUAUCAAAGAAGAAGCUGAAGACUGCUGUGGAUAUUGACGAUGUGCGGCGAGAGGUUGAGAUUAUGAAGCAUUUAAGGAACCACCCGAAUAUUGUGACGUUGAAAGACAGUUAUGAGGAUGAUAAUGCAGUUCAUAUUGUGAUGGAAUUGUGUGAAGGAGGGGAGUUAUUUGAUCGAAUUGUUGCGAGAGGGCAUUACACAGAACGAGCUGCUGCAGCCGUUAUGCGGACCAUUGUUGAAGUUGUUCAGAAUUGUCAUAAACAUGGAGUGAUGCAUCGUGAUCUCAAACCAGAGAACUUUCUGUUUGCAAAUAAGAAAGAAACAUCCCCCUUAAAGGCAAUUGAUUUCGGUUUGUCAAUGUUCUUUAAACCGGGUGAACGAUUUAAUGAGAUAGUGGGAAGUCCUUAUUACAUGGCUCCUGAGGUACUGAAACGGAAUUAUGGCCCCGAAGUGGACGUCUGGAGUGCUGGAGUUAUUCUGUAUAUUUUACUCUGUGGUGUUCCACCAUUUUGGGCAGAAACUGAACAAGGGGUAGCACAGGCAAUUAUUCGCUCGGUGAUCGAUUUUAAGAGGGACCCGUGGCCAAGAGUUUCUGAUAAUGCAAAGGACCUUGUUAAGAAAAUGCUUGAUCCUGAUCCAAAGCUGCGACUUACCGCUCAGGAAGUACUUGAGCAUCCAUGGAUACAAAAUGCCAAGAAAGCUCCAAAUGUUCCAUUGGGCGAGACUGUGAGAGCAAGGCUAAAACAAUUUUCUGUCAUGAACAAACUCAAAAAAAGAGCUUUAGGGGUUAUAGCUGAACAUUUGUCUGUCGAAGAGGUGGCUGGAAUAAAGGAGGCAUUUGAAAUGAUGGACAAUGGAAAUAAAGGCAAGGUUGUCCUUGAGGAGCUUCGAAUUGGCUUGCAAAAGCUUGGACAGCAGAUUCCCGAACCAGAUCUUCAAAUACUAAUGGAAGCGGCUGACGUUGACGGUGAUGGCGCUCUAAAUUAUGGAGAGUUUGUUGCGGUUUCAGUUCAUUUGAGAAGAAUGGCUAAUGACGAGCACUUACAUAAAGCAUUUUCAUUCUUCGAUCAAAAUGGGAGUGGUUAUAUUGAAAUUGAAGAGCUUCGGAAUGCUUUAAAUGAUGAAGUUGACGCCAAUAGUGAGGAAGUCAUUAGUGCUAUAAUGCAUGACGUGGACACCGACAAGGACGGGCGCAUAAGUUACGAGGAGUUUGCUGCAAUGAUGAAAGCUGGUACAGAUUGGAGAAAAGCAUCAAGGCAGUAUUCGCGGGAAAGAUUUAACAGCCUGAGCUUGAAAUUGAUGAGGGAAGGCUCCUUACAGUUAACCAACGAGGGUAAAUGAAUCAAUACUAAUCAAAUAUCAAAUGACACGAGUGAUUAAAAAUGGAAGAAUUCCUUUAUUUUUGCUGAGUUUAAGAAAUCUCUAAUAUUUUUUCAUUUCAUUUCCUCUGAUAGACAUUGCAAUAGGUAGUAGGAUCAUCAGAGUUUGAGGGGUCUUCUUAGUAUCUUUUGAAAAUAGCAAGCAGCUUAUGUUUAGAUCAUCUGUAUUGUUUUUGGGGUUAGUUGCAGAAGAAAAAGAAAAGAAAGGUCAUUAAGUCAAUGUUGUUUAAUAGAGAAGUUGACCGUAUUGUUAUUUUCGACCUCAAUUGUUUUGUGGGUUGUAAAUAUAUCAACGAAAUGGCCUAGUGGGCACUGGCCCUUUUAAUUUGAUUACAAAAAAAGAGGAUAUUAUGUCUAAUUUGAUCUCUGCAUCAUGUGCUCUCAAGAACUUGUUCCUUGAGAGUAUAACAUGUUUGAUUCAGUCUUUUAAAUCUGUAAAAACAAUUGGUUAUAUGAUCCAAAUGGUGGUAACCAAAAGGAAAGAAAAGGAAAAGGCAUUGAUCUCUUUUAUUUUUA